AUGAUCGCUCUCACCUCGAAUGUCCGGAUCUCGCCUUCCAACGAACCUAUGUCCAGAUCACUGGAGAUUCAGGAGGAACUCGACAAUGCAACUGGUCGUCCGGAACUAUUGUCGAUUUGGAACCAGAACUCCCCGAGAGUUUACAUCUCCGUCAUUCUCAACUUUCCUUUGAACAACUCUUGCAUCGAACAGACAAUACGACAUCUUGACUCUUCCUUAAAACGCCUUGCAUGUGAACGCCCGCUCUUCGCAGCACGUUUGCAUGCUGCUAGCGUCGCCCAACCCGGCCUGGCACACCUGGUCUACUCCCCUGAGAACCAGAUCCCCUUCGAGGUAUCACUUGGGCCACGUGACGUUACUGAGGACUACGGGCAAAUUCGUGGCCGAGGCUUCCCCCCUUCUCUCUUCAUAAAGCCUCAGUUCGGCAUUCCUGGCUCCAUUGGUGCGGAAUCGGAUCCUCUGCCGGUGUCCCGGGUCCACGCCCUUGUCAUCCAAGGAGGCCUACUACUGGCUGUCUACCUGCAUCAUUCUCUUUGCGAUGGCGACUCCCUGCGCAUAUUCCUGGAGUGCUUUGCUGCACAGACAAGGGGCGAUGCAAUCAAUCGACCAUCUGAACAGACAUUCAUUGGUCCUGGAGCCCGCCGUCAAAGCCCUAGCACCUUGCUCUCAUUGAUUUCCAAAUGCCCCGAGUACACCUUACUCCCUAACUUCAACGGCCCUACCCAGCCGCUCUACUCCAGUAGUGGCACACCACUAGAAGCCAUCGGAAAGACCGGUAAGAUCUUCGUCUUCAGAAGAGAUAGGAUCGCACAGCUGCAAGCUGCGGUGCAGGCCCAUCUGCGGCUGGACAAGCCACCAUCAACCUACACUUGCCUGGCAGCGCUCUCCUUUGCGCAUAUCAUCAGAGCCCGGCUCUCGGCCGAGAGCUUUUUACCAGAGACAGAAACUCGAGGCGAUGCCAUGUUAUGGAACUCGGUAAACUGGCGGUCUCGUGCUUUCCAGAACCUGACUGGCGAUUACUUUGGCAAUGCAGCACUUCCCGCAGUCACCAAAGCCACCAGGCAGCAACUCCUUCUCGCAUGUCAGGACAUAGCAACUCUCGCAACUUUGAUCCCACUGAUCAGACAGUCUAUCGAUGCGGUGGACGAGGAAUACGUCCGCCGUCGGCUGGCGAUGGUGUCAGCGUCAUCCGAUCCCAGGAUUAUCGGAGUCAACUUUGAUCCCAGGAUGCCGCAAUGUCUGGCAUUUAACACUUGGCGCCACUUCGGAGCUGAUGUAACGUGGGAAAUCCCGGGUGUUCCAGUGGAGAAGCCUGAUGCCAUCAGACGAGCACAUGGCUCGUGGAACUUGGGAACUGCCCUGAUUUUACCUGCUCGUGCUUCAUCAGAGUUUCAAGAGCUUUUUGUGAGUCUCUCACAGAGCGCGAUGGAUCUGCUAUGCGAAGACAAGGAGUGGCUCGAAUGGAUCGAUCGAGUUAUCGGGUGA